AUGAGAGGUCAUGAGCAGAGUUCGAUACCGCUUUUCAAGUCACAACCACCAGCAUGGCUUCCAAAGGCUCAUAGUGCAGGAGAUCUUGGAUAUCCUGGCUUCUACCCUCCUCAUUCAGGGCAGGAGGAAGAUAUUCUCUCGGAGUCAAAUAUCAAAAAUGGCUUCGUCCUUCUACCCAGUGUGCAGAUAGAAACAUACAGCGCUCAAAGCACCGUUACAGAGAGUUUGCAUGGACAGGAUACCAUCUCCAAGCUGGAAGAGUUAAUGAAUGAGGUGUUUUCUAGACGAUUGCAUCAAAUACCAUCUAUCCCUCUCUCCACCUUUCGUGUUCCUUCUCGGGUGACUUUAAAUGACACUAAACGUCAAGCCUGGUUCGCUGACCUCGCAAAUCCGGACGUUCCUCUCAAUAAGCUAGGGAAAAGUGUUCCCCAUGGGGCCAAAGGUCAUGACUUGCUCGACCUUCUCCAUUCCAACAACGUAGCUAUACCUCGAGCGGUGUGGUUUUUACGCGUGUUUGGAGCCAACGAAACAGCGGGUCUUCGAAAUAGGCCAUCAUAUAAUCCUACCCAAUACAGCGUGGAAUGGGCAGGCGUUGUAACAGGUUACAUGAAGAAACAACUGGCUGACAUCGCCCUCCCCAGUGCACCACGCCCUGGAAUGAAUAUUAAACAAACGUUCAAAGGUGUUUUGGCGGACACAGCUACCCGAGAUCGCUGGAUUUCUCGGUUCACUUACUGUCUCAAGCUUUUACGAGCUUUUUAUAAGGAAGGAUUAGUGGAUCGACGCACGUUUCUUGUUUGGGUUGUUCACCAGAUGGGAAUCUGUAACUUAGCCCAAGCGGGCUUCAUAGCACGCAUAGCAGAUGAGUACCUUGAAGGGAUGAUGAGCAGUCGACCUUUAAGCCGACCGUUUGUGGAAGCUUGUAUCUCAAAGUUAUCUGAAGUAAUUGGAUCCUCCUCUUCGAGGGAGUUCUUGGUUGACACUGAGGGCCUGCUGAAAGCUAUACUUCAGCGUUUUUGUCUAGCCUUACCUGAUGCUUUUGUCAGCCCGAGGACGUGGGCCACACAUUCUGGCCUUUUGAACACCGUUUUGACAGAAAACAUAAUGGAUCAAACCUUGGAUGGUCAAAAUCCAAACGAGAUCCAGCAGGUCUUAAUAAGGCAUGUUUCCGAUAUUCAACGGCGCAAUGAAGCCAUGCUUUUCUACAAUCUACCUCCACUUGCGUCGGAUCGUCUUGGCUCAUCGGUACUAGACAUCAAGCUUCUCAAUUCGAUAUCAAGGACAAUGGAUAUUAAUUCAAUAUCUUUCUUUUCGGAUAGCGUUCUGGACGAUCCAAAGCACAAGCUAGACAUGUUGCUAACAUGGAGCGUUACACCUCUUCAGUUUGGCGAUCAUAGACCCUUUGCUGCAGUCACUUUAAUCCGAAACUGGCGUCAGCGUGCUGGCGAGCGAGCCUUGCGACGGGAGGACCGAUCACCAGAUGAAUUUAUACAAGAUCAACUGUUCAGCUGGCUUGAUUCGUCAGAGGUGGCUGGAGACCCGAAGAAUAUUCGUGCUGUUGCUCUGUUAUUCGGUAAACUCAUACAACGUGAAUUGUUUUCUUAUGGAAGCUACAUACAACGUCUUAUUGCCCGUGGAGAAGAGGGGUUGUCUUUCAAAGAUGCUGUAGAAUCGCGGCACCGUCUUUUUCUUCGCUGGAUCUCACUGUCGGAACCUUCGCAACUGAACCAAAGAAAGGUCACUUUAUAUGGUGUCCGUGCGAGAGACACACCCGAGGAAGUCACAGAACGGCAAAUGCGACAGGAAAUUAGAGCAGUGAUGCCACAGCUGUUUGAAUGUGGCUCCGAAACUUUGUUAAAGUCUCCCAACGAUCUCUUUCGGUGUUGCCAGACGUUCGUCUCUUCACCCCUCUACGAGCAGGUACGUACAUUGAAACUGUGGCUCUUACCGAUUUUGGAGAAAAACAUUUCGAGUUCAUCUGAGAUUGAUAAUAUGCUGAAAUCAUACUGCCUUGCUGUGGAACUCAUGGCUGAGACGAAGUGUUUCCGUUCAAUCUUGAAUCUCACCCUUUGUUUGCUGGAGCACGCAUCCACCACCGAUAGCCUAAAUACAGCGAUCGACACACUCCGCCGUUUUCAUACACUCUGGUCAUGCAUGGAUGUCGUCGGAUCAAUAGUGACGAGUCUACAGACCGCCCAUCAGAUCUGGAAAAGUAAAGGCAUGCAGACGCGUGUUCUACUCGUUCUUCUGAAAGAACUUGAUGACAAUCGAUUUCUCUCGGUCCAGGCGCGAGAUCAACUCAAUGCAGAAAUCUCCUACUAUUCAAUGACGCUUCAACCUGUCAUUGUAGGCCAUCCCGAACCAGUUCCCAGUGUCUUGCCCGAGAUACUUUUACUUGCAGGCGACUAUGAGGAAGAUGCCCCUUCCACUCUCGCUAACGGCCUAUGGAUAAAGUAUCGUAUGUCAUUUGAUUGGGCAUGGAAAGUUUGGGACAAUACCAUUGCCAGUCUUCGACAAAUUCCUUUCAUGGCCCCAGAUACCGAGGGUAGAAGGGGCUGUGCCUUACGAUAUGCAACAUUUCUCCGCCAUGUAGAUCACCUUCUUCCUACCGGUCUUGAUGAUCACGUCCUCGGAUGGUUCCUAGGACCGGGUAAAAGCGAGGUCAUAAAUCUGACUGCCGACGUUUGGGAUAUCGUCACCCUCCUUUUACUCUGCUUGGUGGUUCAUGGCGCUCUAAAGACCACAACAAUCAUGACUGGCCUUGUAUAUCCUGCGUGGCAAUGCGCCUCAUCGUCUGUGGAAUUGCCACCGCAACAGAUGGAGGUUUUUCUCGCCGCUGCUAACAACCUCGUUCAAGGGCUGUUGCUUCGUGGUGAGGGUAGUUCUGGAAUCAUGCCACCAUGUGAUCUUUUCGACGUUCAGCGGCUACAAACCAGAAAACAAGAUGUCUACUGCGAGCCGCAUUUUCCUGUUUUGGUGUCGAAUAUCCCUGUUCUGGUAUCCUUAGAGAACAACGAAAAGAUCCCAGAACAUCUACGUAUAGAGCUGAAAGUCAUACGGCACUCGCUCUAUGAAGAUGACAACUUUCGACAGGGCACCUUUCGCAAUUUAGACGCUCUCCGGGAGGCGUUUGAACAAGCUAUGCGGCUUAAGGAGAACACGAGUCCAGAAGUAGGUGACCGGACUAUGGCUGCUCUACGCAUGAUCUUUUCUGAGGCCCCAGAUGAAGACAUUGAAAUAUCCAGUUGGCCCGAAAAAUCUUCAUUUUUAAGCCCUUGGAUGAUAUCCGCCACUACGAUUCAACUGCAGUUUUUCCUUAAGCAGAUGGAACGUUCUAUCAACAAAGAAUCACACGCCUAUGACACGGCUUGUAUGACGCUGGACAAAUUGACUUCCGUUAUCUUCGACCACACACUUUCGUCUGAUGAAGCUUGUUUCGUUACUGAAAUGACACAAGGCGUAGGUUCUGCGGUGGCGGGAAAGAUAAUCAACAACGGCUUACGAUUUUUGACCGAUGUCCUUCGUGAUCCAUCCUCAGACACGGGCACUUCUCUGGCUCGUGCUGGGGAGUCGUUCAGGAUCUUGAUCUACGUUGCGGAGCCUCUGCGGCAAGAGUCCGCUCAUCUUCCUGUUCUUGAUUCCGAUGUCCAGGAUAUGUUCUUUUCGACCCUCUGUAGCAAGUUUGCUAGCAUCGAAGAAGCGACUCAUAAUCCGGAUGCAAUGACUGUUGAUCAGACGGACUUUACACAAGAGGUGGUUCUUUUGGCGAGGUUCCUGCAGUUUGACUUGAGCUUCGAAGGUGCAUGGACGGCAAGCACCACGGAGUCAAGUCGCAAAUUGUGCACAAGUCUGUAUCGGCUUACCCUGCUGUUUGCCUCAGGAAAAAACUUCGACCCCAUAACCUACCCACUUCUUCUCGAUACUCUAUAUUAUCUUAUCGAUGAAGCGCCUACUUUGACGAAAAUGAAUGCUUUUGACCCAUUCAUUAAUUAUCCAGAGAUCACCCCUUCUGACUUUGCACCAGAUAUACCGUUUCAUUAUCUCACGCAACUACGUUCAUUAUCACCCCAUGUUCCUGCCGUCUCUUCCGUUGCGGAUUUAGCGUCCUGUCAUCGAGACCCAUCGGGCAAACAUGUACAGGACGCUCCUGUGGUAAAUCGACCAUGGGAAUGGAUAGAGAACCUUGGAGAGCCGUCCGUUCCGGAGGAGCGAUUCCGCGAAGGCAACGAUAGAAUAAAGUAUCAAGUAAAGAACUCCGGCUCGAUCUCUUUGGAUAGCUUUGGGGCGCGAAUGACAGGUGAGGGGAUCAUCACAACCAAAGAUGAUGACGAGAGGAUAGAAGCGAACAUGAGAAUGUUUGAAGAUGGUUUAUCAGCUGAUAAUGUGUUCAAGCGUGACUGGCGGGAGACGAGGCUGGCGGUCGAGGAGGUGGGAGUGGCAUUGUCUGGGGGUUGCAAGACGGGCAUGGGCGGGGGUCAGGAACUGGGAUCCCGGGGAGCGUCUCCAGGUGCUUCUUCGUCGCGUAUCGGGAAAAGCCCUGCCCGUUCAUCUUUGCACCGAUCUACGAACUCGACGAGGAGCGGGAGCGUUGAGAUCAUUGAUGUUGAUAGUGUGGCGUCUUCAACUAUACGGAAGGGGGUUAAGCGGAAAGGAGCAACGAGCGAUGAUGAGGUUAUCAUCGUUGAUGGCCCUUCCAAGGGCGGCAGCUCCAGUUCUACAAAGUCCAAGCCGAAACCAAAGGCGCGGAAACGUUGA